AUGUCCUCCACCAAGGUUAUCCUCGUCACUGGCUCUAACACCGGUAUCGGGUACGAACUUGUCCAUCUGCUCGCCGCACAAGGCCAUACAGUCUACCUCGCGUCUCGAAAGGAACAGGCUGGGCUCGAUGCUGUAUCGCAAAUCAAGAAAGAGAAAGGUCUGAGCGUGAAGUAUGUGAAACUGGACGUCACGGAUGUCAGCUCCAUCAAGGCGGCUGUCGCGCAGAUCGAGAAAGAUGAAGGACGACUCAACGUGCUGGUUAACAAUGCCGGAAUCAGCAAGAUGGAAGUUCAGCACUCCGCAAUCGAACCUGACUUGGACGCGAUCCGCGGGACAUUCGAAACCAACGUUAUCGGCACGAUCCAGACGACGACGGCCUUCCUCCCGCUUCUGCGCAAGUCGAACACGCCAGAGACCCCGUCGGUGAUCCUCAACGUGAGCACGGACAUGGCGUCCAACUCGUUCAUGGCGUCGCCCAAGGGAUUCUUGCACGAUGUCGUCGCGUACAACACAAGCAAGGCCGCCCAGAACUCGUACACGAUCGCACUGGCCAAGAAUCUCGAGGCGGAGGAUAUCAAAGUCAACGCGGUCACGCCGGGCUUCACGUCCACCAAGCUGAAUGGAUUCUCCCCGGGGGAAAGACUGCUGAGGACGGCGCGAAGGUCCUCAUGA